AUGUCUCCAACACUCUCACAACAGUAUCUCAGCACCCGAGGUGCUGAAUACGGGAGAUCCUUCGAAGAUGUUGUUCUUCAAGGCCUGGCCUCAGACGGUGGUCUGUUCAUCCCGGAAGAGAUCCCUUCUUUCCCCGCCAACUGGCAGACCGAAUGGCGGGAUUUGAGCUUCGAGGAUUUGGCUCUCGAACUCAUGUCGCUAUACAUCUCCACCGACGAGAUCCCUCGCGAGGAUCUCAAGAGCAUCAUCCAAAAGUCCUACUCGACCUUCCGUCACCCUGAGCGCACUCCCUCGAUUCCCUUGGACAAGAACCUUUACCUCCUUGAGCUCUUCCAUGGACCGACAUUCGCCUUCAAGGAUGUUGCGCUGAGCUUCCUCGGAAACCUCUUCGAGUACUUCCUCAUCCGCAAGAACGCUGGCAAGACUGGCAAGGACAGACACCACCUGACCGUCGUCGGUGCCACUAGCGGUGACACUGGUUCCGCUGCUAUCUAUGGACUGCGCGGCAAGAAAGAUGUUUCAGUUUACAUUCUGUUCCCCGAUGGCGGACGAGUCUCGCCAAUCCAAGAAAAGCAGAUGACCACUAUCUUGGACCCUAAUGUGCAUACCCUCACCGUGGACGGUUCGUUCGACCACUGCCAGGAUAUUGUUAAAGCUCUUUUCGCCGAUAAGGAUUUCAACUCCACUCACAACAUCGCCGCUGUGAACUCCAUUAACUGGAGUCGCAUUAUGGCUCAAAUCACGUACUACGUGUACUCCUACUUCUCCCUUAUCAAGACUCCCUCCUUCAACAAGGACUCCCAGAUCCGCGUCGUUGUGCCCUCAGGUAACUUCGGUGAUAUCUUGGCUGGUUGGUUCGCUAAGCAGAUGGGUCUUCCUAUCGAGAAGCUGGUGAUUGCCACCAACGAGAACGACAUUCUCGACCGCUUCUUCCGCAGCGGUGGCCACUACACAAAGAAGGCCCUCGACGCCCCCUCCGACCACGGUGUCAAGGAAACCCACAGCCCUGCCAUGGACAUCCUUGUCAGCAGCAACUUCGAGCGUCUGCUUUGGUUCCUGUCCUACCAGAGCGCCGCCGGUAACUCCGCCGAAGAGCGCCGCAAGCACGCCUGCGACAACGUCAGCGGCUGGCUCGAGGAGCUGAAGACCAAGGGCGGCUUCCAGGUCCCCAGUGCCGUUCUCGAGGGCGCCAAGGCCGAGUUUGAGAGUGAGCGCGUUAGCAACGACGAGACUAUCUCUACUAUCCGUGACAUCUACACCACCUCCUUCCCCAAGGGUCUCGGUGCCGGCUCUGCUAAGAGCUCCAAGACCGGUGGUUACAUCCUUGAUCCUCACACUGCUGUUGGUGUUGCUGCCUCGCGCCGCUCUAUGGCUCGCAACCCUACCGAUGCUCACAUCUCUCUGUCCACUGCCCACCCCGCGAAGUUCGCCAGUGCUGUGGACCUUGCUCUGCGUGCGGAGAACGGUUACGAUUUCACUGAGAUUUUGCCCCAGGAGUUCGUUGGUCUGGAGCAGCGUGAGAGCCGGGUCACCCCCGUUGGCAAGGAUGCUGGCUGGCAGGGUGUCAAGGAAAUCAUCAAGGCUGAAUUGGAGCAGGAGCUUCAGGGUCUGCGUUAA